AUGUUCAUCCCAUCACCACACGCGGAAACACGUAUCAGCACCUUACAACAGCUGAUUCGAGAGAACCCCCUCGGUGUCCUCACCACCGCCAUUCCAUCAGAUGCCCAUCCUCUCAUCCUUGCUAGCCACAUCCCCUUUGUCUUGGACGUCGAAGACGAGACGAGUGAUGAGGACCUCGGCCGGUUGAGGGGCCACCUAGCCCGCCAAAAUCCACAAAGCAAAGCAAUGAUCGAAGCUGUCCAAUCUGCCGGUACUGAAUCAACGACACUCGAUCAGGAGGUUCUCGUGCUAUUCACGGCUGCACCUCAUCAUUAUGUCACACCCAAGUUCUACACCGAGACGAAGCCCACGACUGCCAAAGUUGUCCCCACUUGGAACUACGCCGCUGUCCAGGCACACUGA